AUGGCUGCGGCGACGGGCGGCGGCGGAGGAGCCAAGGCGGCGGUGGCCGAGCAGAUAGGGCAGGCGGUGCAGUCCACCUCCAACCUCCUCCAGCUCAUGGAACAGUCUUCCCCUGCCCAGGUCCACUUGGCGAAACUCCCGAAGAAUCUCUUGGCAAAAACAUCUCUUACGAAGAACACAGAGCACGUGCUACAACAACUACCUAAUGUAAUUUCUUCCUUGGAUGCUUUUAUGGACAGUAGUUUGCAAAGUGCUUCUCAAAUUAAGACUGUCACGCAAUUGUUAUCAAACAUGGAGAACACCCAACUCAAAUCUAUUUUGCCUGCCUCUCGGUUACAGAAAGAUCAGAAUAAUACUGAGUCUGGAGAACUUAGGGUUGACUGAUGUGUUUACUGAUGCUUAUGCUCCCAGACAUCAGUUUCUCACCAAGGCCUAGGCUCAGCUGACUUCAAUUGGAGAACAUGGUAGUAGCCAGCUGAAGACUUGUAGUUGGCACGGCUCUGGUGACCGGAAUGUGCAAAGGGCCCUUGUUGUGUACUGGUGUAUCGAGAUAUACACAAUGUACUUAGUGAAUUCUUGUAAGUUUUGAACUUCUGUUAGUAUGGGAUCUCUAGUGUGUGAAACAAUUAUAUGUGGGUUGUGGUUUGGAUGGCUGAAGCAAUGAACCUACUAUCACUUUGAUAGUUCUUAUUGUAAAUUCUGUUGUUUGGCUUCAGUGCUAAUUAAGAUAAACAUUGGUGUUGGCCCUUCUCAUUUGUAUGUACAAUAAAAUGAAAGAAGAUAAGAUGACAUCUGA